AUGGAUAACAGAGGACUAACUUACUUUCUGCUCGUUUUAACCAGCACCUGCAUUGCAAACAUAUCUUUGGCUAGCUCAGAGUUUACCAUGUCCAUUUUCACCGUGACAUCCAGGAGUAUUUCAGUCCGUUGGAGCAAACAUAUGGGUGCUCAUUCUUAUGAGAUCACUGCAACCCCCAAUUCAGCAUUAGGAGAAGCAGUGUUUGUAAGCUUCAACGAGGCCAUCAUCCUUGGAACUGUUAUUGGCUUGUUACCAGCAACCAUGUACACCAUCAAAGUGGAGGCCCUGGACUGGAGAGGAAGUGUACUUUCCCAAACACAAACACAACACCUAACAGCUCCAGAGAUCCCGUCUCAAGUUCAUGCUUAUUCAAAGACUAGCAGCAGCAUCACUGUAGACUGGUCAGCAGUUCCCAAUGCAAAUAGCUACAUAUUGAAAGCAAAGACUGGCAAUUUAAUCAUUGAAACAGAUGUCAUUGGAGAAACAGGGACUCUGACAGACCUGCAGCCUUUUACUUCAUACACCAUCUCUGUACAGUCUUCUAAUGCUGGAGGAACAAGCCAGCCUUCAGUACAUGUAAACACAAGAACAGUUUUGGCUGCACCUGUUAUCAAAGCAAUCUCGCCAGAUAGCCACACUAUAGAGAUUCGUUGGGACCCAAUCGUCAAUGCAAAAGAAUAUUCCAUUACCAUCAUGAGAAUAGACAGUGUGGGGAGCAAAAUAAAAAAGAACACAUCCUCUACUCAGCUGAUCUUCAUGAACCUGGAUGCAGGUGUUACAUACAAUAUAAUAGCUUAUGCUUUGGAUGCCAACGGUGUGCCUGGAGAUGACAGCAUGAUCAACCAAUUAACAAGGCCUCUUCCACCUCAGUUGGUCCGAGCUUCUCUGACUAGUAAUUCAUCAGGUGGGCUUCUGGAGGCUGUGGUCUCGUGGAAUCCUGUGACAGGCUCGCAGAAUUACACUGCUUCACCCAUUGAAAAAAGUCGCAACACAGUCCAAAACUGUACAUCAGCUUCUACGUCCUGCACUAUCUCGCCAGUCGACUGCAGCAAAAAGUAUAACAUCACGGUAAUUGCCAUCAACGAAGCAGGUCCUUCACUGCCUGCAAAUGCCACUGAAUUGACAACUGUCCCUUGUCCUCCACAUCUUAUAAGAAUCCGGGAGGUGCAUAUAGGUAAUCUGACAGUGUCUUGGGACCAAGUGUUCCUGACUGAUUACUACAUGACCUUUGUGAAAAGAGAUGAUGGCCUGGAGGUUAUGUGCAACACUACAUCAAGGAGCUGUGAUUUCCAGUCAGAAUGCGGGUUCACUUAUUUUAUCACUGUUUUUGCAUACAACAAAGUCGGUCAGAGUCUUGCAGGCGAAGUGUUAAAUUAUACAACAGCUCCCUGUUGCCCAGAAGAUGUGAAAGCUGUGUAUGUCUCAAGUGACACCAUUGAAGUGGAGUGGAGUCCAGUGCGUGGAGCUGAAAUUUAUGAAACAAAGGCACAAGAUGAGAGUACUGUGGUGCUCUGUAAUGACACUUCCUCAGUCUGUACAUUAUCUGGUUUGAACUGUAACACAGUCUACAAUAUUACUGUAUAUUCAUACAGUGAUGUCAGAAGGUACAAUUCCUCAUGUGGGAAAAGGGAGAUUACAACAGGACCGUGCACUCCUGAAAUUUUGGACAUCACAAAGGUGUCUCCAUCCACUAUUACUGUACUCUGGCAACCAAAUAAUGAAUAUGCCAGCUACACAGUGUUUGCCUCGGGAGAUAUUGGUGUCUGGUCUUGCAACAGCUCAGAGUAUUCUUGUAGUAUCGACGAUCUCCCCUGUGGAUCGACCUUCUCUGUCAGUGUAGUGGCUACAACUCCAGAAGGAAAGAGCUUACCCAGCUACAGCCAGCCUUUAGAAACAGCACCCUGCUGUCCUGAUAGCUUCACUGUUACACCAAUCACUCAAUCAAUGACCAACGUAAGCUGGUCUGGUGCAGUUGGAACAUCGUCUUUUACCACAAUCCUCAAAUCUUCUAAAGGAGAGGCUAAAUGCCACACAGGAGAAACUCACUGCCUUCUUGGUUGUAUGACGUGUAGCACCAACUACACAGUAUCUUUAAACGCCUUUAGUGUCACUGGUCUAUCAUCAGUCUGCAUAUAUCAAGGGUAUUCAUCCAGUGCUUGCUGCCCAUCUGGGGUUAGACUUUACAAUCUUGCAAACAAUGCUUUAAGAGUUUACUGGCGUGCCACUGCUGGCUCAGUGAGUUAUAUUGCAAAUGUUACUGGAUCAAACGCAAACUUCACCUGUUCCCCAUCACCUGGCGACACAUCCUGCGAUGUGACUGGGAUUUCCUGUGGGGACAUAUAUAAUGUGAUUGUCUCUCCAGUUUCUAUGGAUGGAUCAGUGGCUACAUUCUGUUCCAGAAAAACGUUUUCAGUUUCUUGUUCCAUGAAUUCAGGAGCAAUGGUAAUUUAUCGAGGGAAGAGGAGCUUAUCAUACUAGUAAAACCCAGAUAAGCAAGGACUACGAUGAACAAAAUAAGAUUAUUUCCACAGAAAUCAAACUGAAAUGAUUUUCUUCACAAUAUGCUUACUUUAGACUCUGGACUAUGUGUAAAUUACUUAGAUGCUUCCUGUUAAAUGCUGAGAAAGAAUAAUUUUGUUUUUUUAAAGU